AUGGAGACCUUUGGAACCAAGUCAGGUCCAGAUUGCAUCGCACUGGAGUCCAAGCAGCAUCUACAGAUUUUCACUCGGAAUGGACGCAUGAGGCUUGUGCGCUUGGUGGACUCGGGAGAACGGGUUUUGCUGGAGAUGUCUGGAGAAGUGGUUUUGAAGCCUGACCUCGACCUAGCUGACACAUUAGAGAUUGAAGUCAAGGAUCCUGAGCUGCGUGCUUUUGGGACCUAUUCCAGACGCUAUGUGCUUAGCUUCCUGCCGGUGGUGUUCAUUUGGCAUGUGAUCAAAUGGUCAGUUUCUAUGAAAUUUGAACUAAUGUCAGAUGGAGAGAGUCCAUGGUGGCGCGGCCUUCUGAUGCUUGUGAAUGGCUUUUUCUUCUGCGCAGGAGGCCUGUGGAAGAAUUGUGCUGCUAGCUUGACAGGGGAAACCGAUCUCAACCUGACGCACAAGACUUUUUGUUGCCUUUGUGUUGCGCUGGUGGUUAUGGUAGUCGCUGGAGCAAAUGUUGCUCAGUUGCCAACCACAAUACUUGGUGGAAGUGCUCUUUUCCUCUCCGGCACACCUCUACAAUAUUUCCAGACACGGGCCAAGUAUCCUGAGCGGCGGUUUACAUCCUGCAUGCUUUGGGCCCUGGCAAACUUCAGCUCAACUAUAGGCGUCGGUGUCAUCUUGAUCGUUAUUGUGGUGACUUACAGGUUGCUGCUGUCAGCGGGACAGCCGGUGGCGGCAAACUUGUUCUUGCCGAUUUCAACUGCAUUGACAGAAAGUCUCAUGGUUAGCUACAUCAGGCUUUUGUACACGAAGUUGGUGGUUGACAAGCGCCCCUUGGUUCCUGGAGAUAUCUCUUAUGUGGCACUGCCCUUCAUGCUCACGGCUGCUCAUGGAUUGACAGAGGGUGCUCGGGUCACAGGGGUCUUCGCGGGGGCUGUGACAUCUGGUAGCUUGGGUUUCAAAAGAAAAAGUGAUUUGAUCUUAGAUCAAAACAACAUCAAUUGCUUUUUUGAUGUCUCGAAUUGGAGAAUAACAUACAGAUGUGCAGCAUCUUGUGGUGAUCAAAUGGACGUUUCAAAGAGAAAGUUCCAAGUGACCAAAAGUCGCAGUCGAUGUGUGCGUGAUCCUGAGUGUGUAAGAGAUCAGUCAGGGGUAAAGCUCUAA